GAGAGCCCACUGGUUUCUUGCUUAUUAAUAGAGAAGUGUUUGAGAGUGUGAGUUUUUUCUUGUAUUGUCAAGGGCUUGUUUGGCAAAGCUAGAUAGAUAGAUACAUAAUAGAUAUAUACAAAGGUAGCCAUGGGAAGGGCACCAUGUUGUGACAAAGCUAAUGUGAAGAGAGGACCAUGGUCUCCUGAUGAAGAUGCAACCCUCAAACGCUAUGUUGAGACUCAUGGCACUGUUGGUAACUGGAUUGCUCUGCCCCAAAGAGCUGGCCUCAGAAGGUGUGGGAAGAGUUGCCGUCUACGGUGGCUGAAUUAUCUGAGGCCAGACAUCAAACAUGGAGGCUUCACUGAAGAGGAAGACAACAUUAUAUACAACCUCUAUAGUCAAAUGGGUAGCAGAUGGUCCUUGAUUGCUUCUCAUUUACCUGGAAGAACAGACAAUGAUGUGAAGAAUUACUGGAACACAAGAUUGAAGAAGAAGCUACUUGGUUCAUCAGGAAAAUCAAACCCAGUUGAGAACAUUAAUCCUAGUACACACAAUUCUCUGCCUUGUCUCCCAAUCAAUCCAGAUAAUCAGGCCUAUAAUCUUGCGUUUUCGGAUCCGUCGACGCAAUUAACCCAGAACCCUACAAUGCUGUCAAGCUUAACCAACAUUAAUGGUUAUGGACUCACUGAAAGUUAUAGCCUAGACCCAGUUCUUCAGCAUUCAAGCAUGAUAAUGUCUGAAUUUGGUUCAAAAACCAGCAGCCACAGUGCAGAGAAUUCAAGCAACAUUUCAGACUCAUCAGCAGCAGCAGCAGCAGCUUGUCUUGCUUCAUUGCCUGGUGAUGCAGAUGCUGGGAUUCUGAUGGAUUUUGGGCUUGGCUUCACUUAUGAUUGCUUUGCUUAUGAUCAUGAUGACAUUAAACCAAAGGAUUAGUCAACCUUAAGUGUUAUUAGCCAGUAUUAAUGACCAAGUUAGACCCAGAAAUAGGAACAGAUUAGGUGGUUAAUUUGACUAGCUAGGCAGUGCUAAUUAACAUGUUUGUUUUCAUCAAGUUUGGUUAUUAAUCCGUGUCUAAUCCAAAGUAGAUUAAAUUUCUGGUUUUAGCA